GUUUAGAUGUUUUUGAUGAUAAACUUGAAUGGAGUGUAUCUGAACUGUCAACAUAGAAUAAAUCUGCUCUUAUAUGACUAAAAAACAACCAUGUAUAUAAAACAAAUAGAGUGUCGAGUUAUAAGACGUUAUUAAUUUAUGAUAUUAGGAAAGAAAUAUAUUUAAUCUUAUAUCGUGGACACAUAAAAGUGCAUUUAGGCGAACAUCAUCUGUUUCCUAGAGAAUUUCAUCAUGGAUCAUCGUUGUUACGGCUGUGCCUCAAAAUUUACUCUCUUCAGAAAAGAGUUGGGUUGCAAGAACUGUGGUCAUUCUUUCUGCUCUGGGUGUCUGACCUUCAACGCUUCAGUGCCAAAAUGUGGAAACAGCCAGCAGAAGGUCUGCAAACAGUGUUAUGGAAACUUAACAAGUAGUAAGAGUAACCAGAGUGAUGCCGGCAGAUGGUCCCCACCGGAAAACUACAAAAAACGUGUAGCUGCUUUUGAAGCCAAACAGACUCAACAGAAGCCGAUGUCCAAACCCGGAAGUGUUAAGAUGACUCCUGUGGAUCUUAUUUCAACCAAAGGUCUCAGUAAAGAGGACCUGGUCAUUGCACAAAGACUACAGAAGCUGAAAGAGGAAACCAAACCCAAAUCCAUACCAUCAGACAAAGAGCUGGAGUCUCGUCUCGCAGCGUUAAAAGUGCCGGUUCAGCCCGUGCCGUCUGCUCAAGAGAUGGAGGACCGUCUGGCUGCCUUACAGGGGCGAGCAGCACCCUCUCAAACCCCACGUCCUGUCCAUCAGCCGCCUGACAGCAGAACCCAGACAGAACAGGCCAAUGAUUUAUUCAAACAGAUGACAGAUGAAGUUGCUAUUGACAACCAGCAUCAGCCUUCAGAUGAUGAACCCUUAAAUGAUCUUAAUAAGCAAGAGGGCUUGAACAUGAAUGAGAAUGUAGAUGACGCGGAGCUGUCAGUCAAACAGUUGGAGGCGGAGAAAACUCGCAUGCUGGAGGAAGCCGUGAAGGAACUACAGAGAGAUAAACAGAACCAAGAUCAGAUGCUUGAGAUGGCUAAGAGACUCGCUGUACUGCAGGGACGAGACCCAGAUCAGGUCCGAAUGUCAGACCUCCAGCAGGCAGACAGUGAUGAGGAGAAUGAGGAAGAGGCCAUCAACAGAGUCCUAAAAAGGAUGUCAGAGGAAGCAGCUCUAGAUGAGGCCAGCGGUUACAACAUCCCACCUGAACUGACUGGCCCGACAAACACCGAGAACAACCCAUCUAACAGGAAACCGAGUUCAGUGCAGUCAUCUAAACCCAAACCACGCACUGCUGCCUCACAGUCUCGGCUCUUAAAUGAUGAAGAUGAAGAUGAUGAAGAGUUGCCAUGGUGCUGCAUCUGCAACCAUGAUGCUACCCUCCGAUGCCACACAUGUGAUGGAGAUCUGUACUGCACACGCUGUUUUAGGGAAGGUCAUGACGAAUAUGACAGAAAAGAUCAUCGCACAUCUACGUAUACUGCACCUCAGAAAGCCAAGAGAAAAACAUGAUUCUCAAUGAAUGUAUAUUUAAGAAGACUAACUUAUUUACAAAACUACUGUAGGAAACUCAGACAGAAAAUACUGUAUGUUACCUAAAAACAUAUCUGUAGUUUAUGAGAUCGUGUCAAACACAGGACUUUAAAGUCAAAAUAAUCUGAAAAUACUAAAAGUCUAACAGAAAUAAGUGCUCAUACAGCUUGUAAAUGUUUAGUUUAGACUCUCAUUGGUCGAUAAUCAAAACUGGAUCAUUCUGUUUAAAAUGUCAAUAAAGACUUUAAGUGAA